AGACAGACUGAGAGAGAGAGAGAGAGAGAGAGAGGGAGAGGGAGAGGGGGAAGAGAGGAGGAGAAAUUAAUGAAUUCACUUGUUUAUUUUCGUUGUGUGCGUGUGCGCACUUGCUGUCAGAAAGAGUGUGUGUGUGCCUGCAUAUAGUGUGUGCCUGCAUAAGGCAGGAGACUGCAUUGCUGGUCUCCAGCAAGACAGGACAGACAAAAAAAAAAAAAAGAAGGCAGCCAAGCAGAUUAUCUUAUGUUUCCCCAUUUUUCUGUCUCUCCCUCUCUCUAUGCAUGUGUGUGUCGCCUCGCUGUGUGACCAGGCACAGUUGCUGUGUGUAUGUGUGCAAAGCCUGGGACUAAGAAGAGGAUGGUGAAGCCUGAAGUGAGCUACAGACUCUGACUUUAAAUGGUCUUCUUUUUGUCUGAUCAUCAAGAGUGGGCUUGAAGACAAAAAAACCCCAAAAAGAACCCCAACAAUCUCUGCGGAGGAGAGUCUUCUUCUUCUUCUUCUUCUUCUUCUUCUUCUUCUCAACAUGUCACCGCUCCAGUUUGGUGCUGAUCAGGGAGCCUGAGGGGUGGCUUCUAUGCUGGAGGCUUGGAGGUUUGAAGGGCUGCCACCGGGGAGACUUCUCGUCUCUACGCCCCAGAGAGGUGCAAGCAUCAUCAGGUAGGAGGCGAGUGAACGCGGGGGCCUGAGCGGAAAGCAGGAAAGGAGUAGGAGGAAGAGUUGUGCGUGUCGUAGACUGUGUAGGCAGGCCGAUGGCAGGACCGGUGGAGGUGCCUGAUGCUCUGAACUCUUUUCGCUGAGAGAGGGAUAAUGGCAGCUCUGGGCCCACUCUCCUCCUCUCUCACCUGUGUUUGCCACAGAGAAGCCGGAAAGUGCUAACCGAUGCUACAAAGAGCCCACCAAGAGGAUGGUGUGAACAGCCUCACCCUUUCCCACCGCGCCGGGAGACCCCAGACACCCCUGUGAGGGGCCCAAGUUUUGUUCUUCACCUUGUUUCUUCUUCCCCUUCUCCAAACCAGCCGAGGAAAAGGGGGUGGUGUUGCCUGAAUUGCUUUGGGGGUUCUCUCCCUCUCCCUCCCGCUCUCUCCUCACCCUCACCCCAGACCUCACCGACCUCCACGCUCAGCUCCAUGGGUUGGCUCUAGCACCAACCUGUCCUUACUUUUCCUCCCUUCAUUUUCUUUUUCUUUUCUUUUUCUUUUUGUUGAGGCUUCAGGGGAAUUGCCAAGACCUGUUUCAUGCAUGUCCACUGGCGGCAGGUUCAACUUUGACGAUGGGGGGUCAUACUGCGGAGGGUGGGAGGAGGGCAAGGCGCACGGCCACGGGAUCUGUACGGGACCCAAGGGCCAGGGCGAGUACUGCGGGUCCUGGGCCCAUGGCUUCGAGCUGCUGGGCGUCUACACUUGGCCCAGCGGGAACACCUACCAAGGCACCUGGGCUCAGGGCAAGAGACACGGUGUGGGCGUCGAGAAUAAAGGCCGAUGGGUGUACAAAGGCGAGUGGACGCACGGCUUUAAGGGACGCUACGGCCUGCGGGAGAGCACAGGGACGAGCGGGAAGUACGAGGGGACAUGGAACAACGGGCUCCAGGACGGAUACGGAACAGAGACAUACUCAGAUGGAGGAACUUUUCAGGGCCAGUGGGUUGGCGGGAUGCGGCAUGGCUACGGAGUUCGUCAGAGUGUCCCGUACGGCAUGGCGGCCGUCAUCCGUUCCCCACUCCGUACCUCCAUAAACUCUCUCCGCUCCGGUUCGGAGCACAGCAAUGGUACAGCUCUGCUGGACCGAACCGGGGCCGUGGUUCCUGGUCCGCCUCCCGUCCCCGGUACUCUAACCACCAGCGUGUCCAUGUGCAGCACGGGCAGCAGUGGCAGCAGCCCCGCUGUGUCACGCGGAGGCUUCGUGCUGACGGCACACAGCGAGGCUGAGCUGCUGAAGGGGAAGAGAAAAGGCGGGCUGUUCCGGAGAUCCAUCCUGUCCGGGCUCAAGCUGAGGAAGUCCGAGUCCAGGAGCUCUCUGGCCUCCCAGAGGUCGAAACAGAGCUCGUUCAGGAGCGAGGCUGGGAUGAGUACUGUGUCCUCUGCUGCAUCUGACAUCAACUCUACUAUCAGUCUCGGAGAUGCAGAUGCAGAGCUAGCCGUCGCCGACGACGAUGUAGACGCCACGGCAACGGAGACCUACUGCGGGGAGUGGAAGAACGACAAGCGAACAGGGUAUGGCGUGAGCCGGCGGUCCGACGGGCUGCAGUACGAGGGGGAGUGGCUUAGCAACAAGCGUCACGGCUAUGGCUGCACCACGUUUCCCGAUGGCACAAAAGAGGAAGGGAAGUACAAACAGAACAUCCUGGUCAGCGGCAAAAGGAAGAACCUGAUCCCCCUCCGGGCCAGUAAGAUCAGAGAGAAGGUGGACCGAGCCGUGGAGGGAGCGCAGAAGGCUGCCGACAUCGCCAGGCAGAAGGCGGAGAUCGCUCUGUCCAGGACGGCUCACGCACAGGGUAAAGCAGAGGCAGCGGUGGGAGCAGCUCAGAAAGCGCAGGAGGAGAGUCGGAUGGCCAGGGUCACAGCCAAACAGUUCUCCCCUUCCUUUCAGCACCCAGGAAACGGUAUGGAGGUGCAGCGCCCCAAACGCCAGGUCUCCAGUGAGGUGGAGGGCGAAGGGCUGUCAAGUAGCGCUGGCACCGCCGACAGCCCCGAUCUCUAUGUAAAGAGCGGGGCCUCUGACGACCCAUCUAACGACGCUGCAACCCCAGACCUCAGUCCCCCUUCUUCCUCACCCCCCCACACUCCUCCUCCCCCUGCUCGGCCCACCCAACGCAGCAGGAGCGCCCGCUUCCAUCGGCAGAGCGCAGUGGACCACACGGACAGGACGAAGGAAGGGGGAGAAAGGGGUGAGAAAGGCGGGGUAGGAGGGCAGACGGAGAUCCAGGUGCUGAUGGAGGGAGGAAGUGGGGGAGGUGAAGGAGGAGGAGGAGGGAAGGGGGAGUACCCGCGGGCCAACAGCUGGAGUGAGGACAAGAGGAGAGGCGUGUUGUCAAAAGGAGGAGGUGGGGUAAGCGGUCGAGGAGCGAGCCGGACCAACGGACACAAACACAGCUCGUCCAAUCACAAGUCCCGGGAGCAUGGAUCAUCCAAUCACAGACAGGCCAGAGGGGACAGGUGGACGGAGUCAUCCUCCUCUGCCUCAUGGACAUCUGGACACAGGGGCGUGCACGGCAGGGGGGGCCGGCUGCUGGAGCAGGACGAGGAGAAAAUUAGCAAUUAUGAGAUGGAGAUGAAGCCUUUACAGCCCAGAGACUCCACUACCCACAAGCCCCAUGGGCACGGGGAGGAGAGGCAUGGGCACAGUCACGCACACGGAGAGGGGCGCUCGCACACCGUGCAACGACAGAGGCAUAAGAACCGCGAUGGGAGGGAGGGGAGGGAAGGGAGAGAUGGGAAAGAGGGGCGGGAGGCGGGUAAAGACUCACACAAACUGGACAAAGCGGGGGACAAGAUGGAUUCGCGGCCUCUACGUCGGGACCUCACCCUCUCCCCCCCUCUGAAGUCCUCCCCCAUCACACCGGAGCAGCAGGACCGCAGCCUCACGCAGAGCAAAGGCAACUCUGCCUACAGCUCUAUCCUCGUUGUCAUGGUGAUUCUGCUCAACAUUGGAGUGGCUAUUUUGUUUAUCCACUUUUUUAUUUAAAGACAGCAUUGCUUUCAGAGUCAGCCUAUCUAUGCUACAACAACUAUAAAUUCAUAUGAGUAUUACGACAAAAUCUGCUGCUCCUUCGUGUUCCUGCCGAGAGGACUGCACCCGGCUGACGGAAGACCAGGACCCACGGAGGGCUCCGGCAUCAUUUUUUGGCUAAAGGUGGCGAAGCUGGUCUAACCUCAGCUGAGCUUGGUCCAGAGAUGCUGUAGUGCGUAGCCAAAAGAAAUGGACGGCACAGGGGUGAGACAGUCCAGGUGACUGGGCUACAGGGAGAUAACAUAGUCCAGGGACUGGACUCAAGUGAGCUUCAGUAGUUCACAUAUAGACUCAAAUGGGCUGAACUGGUCUGAUCCCCAGGCCUUGAGAGCUGCAGCUGGCAUUACAGCAAGAUGUCUGCUUCCACUGUCUGCAGACAGGACUGACGAGACAGACUUUUUCAUCUUCAAAUCAUAGUUUUCAACAGAUUUGUAACUUAUAAUUUAUUUAUUAACAUUUUCUCUCAUGUACAAUAUGUUGAUGGAUAUAUUCUUUAUUUUGUAACCCUCCACCCCUCUUUAUACAACUCCUGCCUUUUGGUUCCUCCACCUGCCCAGGUGUUGUUACUGAUGGCUUAAGGUGUGUGUUCCUGUGUGUGUGUGUGUGUGUGUGUGCGUGUGUGUGUGUGUUUUUAUGUAAGACUCAGAGCUGGUGAGUGUGUGCUUCCUGCAUAAUGGCUGAUAGCCCCCUGUCCCUCUCAUUCAUCAGACCCCACUCGGAUACCUGUCUCCUCUCAUUCUUUGUCUCAUGCUGAGAUUGAGAACAUGUAUGUGUGUGUGUGUGUGUGUGUGUGUGUGUGAGUGUGUUUGUGUGGUCUCCAAGUAACUCAGUGGCCUUUCAUGCUGUUCAUGAACUUUAGCAGAGCAUCUCAUGAGGACACAGUCACUGCUCAUCCACAUCUAGCCUUCUAGCAUCAGCUGACAGCUGUGCUCUCUCUCCAUUUCUCCCUCCUACUCUCUCCCACCUCCACACACACCAGUCAGAGGAUGGAGCUUCCUCUGAGUUGGUGGGAGUUCAAGAAAGACUGUCCUUGGCAAAGCCAUGCGCCUACUGUACCACUAGCGGAGGUAUUCAGAGGUGGUGCUGCAUUCACCGAAGAAAAGCCUGGAUGUGCAACAGCAGAAAUAUCAUGUUGAUACAUCAGUGUCUCCUGCUGCUUCUUUCAAAACUUAACCUGACAAGACAAUUACUACAUCUUUUAUACUAUACUUGCAAGAUGUCUGAAAAAAAAAAAUCCUAGUCGCCACUUGCUUUGCUUUUGUAGCCCAAAUUGAUAAAAGUACAACAAUGCAUGCAUAUGUACUGUAAUAUCUUAGUUGUGCGUUGAAACUGAAAGUGGAAGAAGCUUCAGAAGCACAUGCGACAUGUUAAGUUUUGAUAGGAGCAGCAUCUGGAAAGAAGUCUAUCUGGCACUGAUGAUUAAACUUUAGAGUCCAAAUGUCUUUCAUGGACUGAUAUCUAUCGUUUUUCUGGGUUAAAUGAAACCUCUAUGUGGAGCCAAGUGAUACUCCAAGCAGUCUGACAAGAACUUCCUCUGAAAGGAUUUUAGUGAAAUGAUGCAAGACUGUUGUAGUAGAAGCAAACAGUGGCCAUGAUCAAGGUCAGAGGAUUUAACGCCUCCAUUCCUCAGCCUCUCCUCCACCGACUCAAGACCCUGAAUGAUAAACACACAAACUAAAGUGCAGUCACAAAUAUCAGUCACAAUUUGUCUAUUUUUAUAGUCCAGUGAAGACACUGUUUGUGUGUGUGUGUGUGUGUGUGUGUGUGUGUAUGUGUGUGUAUGUGUGAAACCCAUCUGGCAAACCAGCCUCUGUGUUUGUUUGCAUGUGUUCACAUGAACGCACAUCAGAGUGUCUGAAAAUGUGUGUGCAUCCUCCUUCUUCCACGUGAUGGGGUGGCUGAGCCCGCUGCCAUCGGUAACAACUUCCAUAGGGCAGGAAGGCUCGCUGUUGUUUUUUCUGUCCAACAGCGUUUCUCAAACUACGGAUUGAAACACAAACUUGGCUGUAGGCUCAUUUCCGGUGUUUCCCCACAAGUACAGUCUAAUGUGCCUGCACCCUGAGAGGCAGAACAAUAUAUUUUCCUUUCAUUUGGGUCCCAGACUGAAGCUCUGCUGUAUGCCAUCAGCCUGGUGACGAUGCCCUGCGCCACCCUGUUAGUCCGCAGCAUGCUACAGCAUGCCAAGCUCUCUCUCUCUAUAGUUUGACUCUCCUUUCCUUCUUUCUUUCUUUCUUUCUUUCUUUCUUUCUUUCUUUCUUUCUUUCUUUCUUUCUUUCUUUAUGUUU